UGGCUGUCAGCGUUCAACGUGGUCGUGCCCAACGUGGACCUGCCUCAGGGGUGCCACUCGAGUGAAUUCAUAUUCUUGGUACAUCGCCCGGUGACGAUGGGUGUUUAAAAAUAUCACUUGCAUUCUGCUGAGCAAGAUGACAACAUACAGCCAGUGAAAGUGAGAAAGAGAGAGGCGAAGAGAGAUAGAGAGAGAGAGCGACAGUGCGAAAGAGAGAUAGAGUGCUGAUAUUCUUGUUUAUAUUGAAGAGAAAUACAAAUUAAUUAAGAAAAAAAAUAUACUCAAUAUUUCAAAUCGUUUACAGAUGCAACCAAACAAGUCUUUAAAGUGUGCAGCCGUUAAAUUCAAAGUGUGAAAAGUGCAUCAAGUACUGGCAAAUAUAUUCAUGUUGUGAUGUCCACAAAUUAACAGCUGCCAGCGAAAAUAUAUAUGAAAUCAAGUAAAUCAAAUACUUAUAAAAAACAAAAAGUGGAAAAGAAAAUGUCUGCGAGCAUCACAUAAAUUUAUAAAUAAAUAAAAUUAAUAUAUAUAUUAUCAGAGAGUGUGUGUGAGAGAGAAAGAGUGCGAGAGCGAGCUGCAAAUAAUCAUAAAAACCACACGAAAUAUUCAAAACGUGAAAACAUAUCAAGAAAUUAGCCAUCUCAAGCAAACGUAACCAGAUUAUGAGCACAAGAAACCGAAAUCUGAAUGUCGUUGGUAACAUGCCCUCAUGUAUGUAUGGUCGGUGUAGGUAAUUACCUAUAAGAGAUGCCAGCACUGACGCCCUGGCAUUGAUGGCUGUCAUUUUUUAUAUAAAAUAUGCAAAUGAGGCAACGCACCGUCGCCUGGGAAUUCGAAUCGCAUCGCUUCAGUUGGCAAACAAAAAAAUGCUGGAGCACACGGACCCGGAAUACAGACAACUGAUUCAUACAAGCGGAGGCACAGUUUUCUGCAUUGUAAAUUAAAUUCCCCAAGCUUAAAGUGUCAACGACAACAACAACUACAACAACGACAACAAUAACAACAACAACGACAACUACUACUCCUGCUACUGCUACUGGGCUAUUAAAAGCUCUGCGCUCUGUGUGAACCAUAAACGGAAAGGCAAGCAAGGAGCUUUCUACGCAAUCUCUCAGUCACCCUCACUCAAUACCGCGUGUGUGUGUGUGUGAGUGUGUGCGAGUGUUCAAGUGAGUGUGCACAGGUGUGAGCCCACAACAAUAAUAAGCAGAACAAACUAUUACAGCGGUCAACGAAUUUAUGUUGCGGCCAGAGUUGUUGCUGGAUAAAAGUUUAAAUGCCAGGAACAGUUGCCAGCUAGCCGCAAAUAGAUCCCAAAUAGAAAACUUUCGAUGAGCGGCGCAACGGAGCGGCUGCUGCUGAGCCUGCAGCAGCCAGGGUCAGGUGUAAUGCCCCCAUCGGCAUCCGGCGACUACGACUGGGCGCCCAUCAGCGACGAUCAGUUCCUGGCCAGUGCGACGGGCCAGCGCAUUGAGGAGACGGCGCGCUACGAUCUAACCGACUCCGUGGACAGCACCUUGGCCCCGGUGCUGUUCAAUGCGAGCCAGCGAUUGCUGAAUGCCAGCUAUGAGGCGCAGAACGAGAGCGCGGAUCUAGCGUGGCUGCGCGAAUGUGAGCUGGUUUACAAUCCGCAGCUGGAGAAUAAUUGCAUCGAGUUCUGGGUGUGCGGCGUCAUACUCAACAUUGUUGGCGUCCUGGGCAUACUGGGCAACGUGAUAUCAAUGAUAAUUCUGUCCCGUCCGCAGAUGCGCUCCAGCAUUAACUAUCUGUUGACUGGUCUGGCGCGCUGUGACACGGUGCUAAUUAUUAGCUCCAUGCUGCUGUUUGGCAUACCCUCCAUUUACCCAUACACGGGCCACUUCUUCGGCUACUACAACUUUGUGUACCCGUUCAUAUCGCCGGCGAUGUUCCCCAUCGGCAUGAUCGCCCAGACGGCUAGCAUCUAUAUGACCUUCACCGUCACCCUGGAGCGCUAUGUGGCCGUCUGCCAUCCGCUGCGGGCGCGUGCCCUCUGCACCUAUGGGCGUGCCAAGAUCUACUUCAUUGUGUGCGUCUGCUUUGCGCUCGCCUACAACAUGCCUCGCUUUUGGGAAGUGCUGAAUAUCAGCUACCAGCUGCCCAACACGACCAUCGUGCUGCACUGCAUCAGGCCCUCGGCGCUGAGGCGCAACCCGACCUACAUAAAUAUAUAUAUACACUGGUGCUAUCUGAUUGUGAACAACAUAAUUCCCUUUCUCACGCUGGCCAUACUCAAUUGCCUGAUCUACAUGCAGGUGAAGCGCGCGAAUCGAGAGCGCCAGCGGCUCUCCCGAUCGGAGAAGCGUGAGAUCGGCCUGGCCACGAUGCUGUUGUGCGUGGUGAUUGUGUUCUUCAUGCUCAAUUUCCUCCCGCUGGUGCUGAACAUCUCGGAGGCAUUCUAUAGCGUCGUCGAUCACAAGCUGACGAAAAUCUCCAAUCUGCUGAUCACGAUCAACAGCAGCGUCAACUUUCUCAUUUACAUCAUAUUCGGAGAGAAGUUCAAGCGUAUUUUUUUACUCAUUUUUUUCAAGCGACGCCUGAGUCGUGACCAGCCGGAUCUUAUACACUACGAGAGCUCAAUUUCGAACAACGGCGACGGCACCAUGAACCAUCGCUCAUCCGGCCGCUUCUCACGGCACGGCACGCAGCGGAGCACCACGACAACCUAUCUGGUCACCACCGGAGGCAGCAGCUCACUGAACAGCGUUCGGCUCACCCAAGUCUCCGGCUCGCCCGGCCUCCUGCAAAUCAAGCGGAAUCGAGCACCGUCGCCCGGCCCAGUCGUCUACUAUCCAGGUCCACGCGAAAUGCAACGCUCCGUUUCCACCACGAACUCGACGACAAAUAAUAAUACGGCCCUGGGCUACGACUGGACCGUGGAUGGCAAGAAGCUGGGGCACGUCUCCUCGGGCUUCUGAGCAAUCCAUAGUAGUGUACAUAAUGUAGAUGCUAGUCUCCUAGUCACUUAUGUAAAUAUAUGUAUAUAUACUUCUCUAUAUAUAUACGAUAUAUACUUACUAUAUAUAAACUAAGCGCGCCAAGCGUCGCGUUACUUUGUGAUAAGCGUUAUGUGUUGCUAUGUCCUUCUCUAUACUCCACUUAAAGACACCAAAAACACACAGUACAGCAAAAAUUUGAAAAAAAAAAACACGCACUCAACUCUCAAUAGUUCACAAAUCACACAACAUUUAUUUCGGCAGUUCUCCAAAUGAAAGACUGAACAUCUGUAGAGUAAUAUGAGCAGGAUUAAAUAGUUUGCGGCUCAAUAGGCGUAAGAAUAACAAGGCGGAGAGAAAUCGACUGCUUAAUACUCCCUCACAGUCUUAUUGCUGAUAUUUCUAUCUAUGACAGAUCCUGCAGGAAUAUGACCUAUGACCUAUUUUCAAUAUCUGUAUAUAAAAUAAAACUUUUCUGAAUUUAAACGAAGUAAAAUAAUAUGCUAAUCAAAGAACAUACAUAAAACCUUAAUUCAAGGAACAUCAAAUUAAAUUUUAAAUAAAACAAAUUCAUCCAUAGAUGCAACCACCCCAAAUAGAGCAGUUUGGUUUUUAGACGCUGAGCUCCCAACUGUUAAGAUACAGAUACAGAAUUGUUGAUCAAUCACUCAGAAGGCUCACGUUCCAAAACUAUGAAAAAUAUGCUAUAUUUGGAUAUGCCAGGCCUUUAGUUAGCCGUAAAUCAAUUAUAAAUAUUUUCUACCGCCAAAACUUCAGAAAGCGUAAAUUUGUCCGGCCUUCCCCAAUGAAUAUAGAUAUAUACAUAUAAACCAUGUAUUUUUGGGUGUGGGUGCUGUAUUCAAAAUUUCAAAUAUCUAGAACAAAUAGUUUUAAAUUCUCGAUUGGGUGGUAACAUUUCAUUUCUUAAUAAUAACAGUAAUGUUCGUGCCAAAUUUGUCCCGCCCUCAAUGAGUGUAGAUAUAUGUAUGUACAUCGAAAUCUUUUAUGUAGAGUGUUCCCACGAGUAUAUAUCAAAAUGAUUUGCUUCAUACGGAAAGGCGGGCAGAAUGCAAAUAAAUAUCAUUUUCAUUUUCUAAGCGAUUAUCAUAUACAUACAUACACAUACACAUAUAUAUGCGGGGUGUGUAACUGCAAUAAAAACAAUAUAUGCAUGUAUAUAUAAAAAAAUUAUAGUUUGAGUAGAGCAAGCGUCCAUGAUCUAACUAUUACGUCCUCGAUAUGUGAUACUUUCCCAAAUCAUUAUGUCAAAAUUUCUUGAAGCCGUCUGAUAAACUUAAAAACAUUUUUCAAUUAAGAGUUCUCUUCAAACAUUCUGUAUUAAUUCAUUGAGCUCAAGCGAACCAAAUUUGAGAGCGUAAUACAAAUUUUUGCUGUACUUUAAGGAACCAAACUACACACAUAAUUAAUCCUUUCAUUUUGAAUUUCUUUUUUAUGACUUUCAGUUCAGUUCAAUCAAUUGAAUUUAUUUCAGUUUUGCAGUAAAUUGAGUUGUGAACCUUUUUUAUACACCCACGCUGUAGAUUAAUGCCCAAGUGGAAGACCAUAACCCAGAGCUGACCCGGGCCUUUGGCCAGCGAAACUUUUAUUUAUUAGGACCAACUUUUUGCCUUUAAUUGAAUAUACUUUCCAAUGCAUUUUUCAGCGAACUUGAUAAAUGAUUUUUUUUUUUUUUUUUUUAUUUUGCUUCUUUUUUUACAUUUCAUUUGGCCUGAAAUUAUAGAAAACUUUUUCAUUUUCUUAUCGAUAGCAGUUCAUAUAUUUUUUUUGGAGGGGGCUUUUGAGUCGACGUUGUAAUAUGUCAAGUUGUCGGAAAAGUUAACUCAAAGUUCGUCGGUAAAUUCAAUAACAUUAAUUCUUCAUUACUUUUAUCUUCGCCAAUUUGCGAAAAGAAACUCAAAGUAGCUCAAUUUAACACGUACACUUAAACAAAACACACACACUUUGCUAUGGUAAAAGACAUUUUCAGGUGUUCAUAAAUAGAAUUUAUUCAACUUACCUCCCAAAAGAAAAACAAAAACAUCGUUGCUUUUGUAUAAAUAUAAUUAAUUAA